AUGUAUUAUGACGAUUCAUAUGGUGUUUAUAACGGUCUUCUAAUAAAUAAUCCAUUGUUUACUACUGCGACUGCAACUAAUUUGCCUUAUGUAGGAAAUGGUCAAGCACUUACCUUUAAUUCAGGAUCAAGUCAAUCAUUUGCAGUUUCGAGUCCAUUUUUCAACUUAAGUUAUACAAGUUUUACCAUUGAAGCCUGGAUUUAUUCUACGUCGCUUACCGGCAAUCGUGGAAUAUUUGGUCAAUGUCAAUGCUCAAUCUGUGCUUAUCAAUGUUUGUAUUUUAUUAUUCGAAAUUAUCGCUUGUACAUUGAUUUCACAUCAACUUAUUUAUCUAGUUCGACGAGUUUAUCAGCUUCUAAUUGGUAUCAUAUUGCAUUUGUUUACAAUUAUGCAACACGACAGCAAAUAUUAUAUGUUAAUGGAAUUCAAGAUGCUAUUAAAUCAAAUGCACAGGCUUAUCAAGGACAAAAUGGAAGUAUCCACAUUGGUUCAACUCAAGUUUAUUCGACAAUGAACUUUUUUCAAGGUUAUAUUGAUAAUGUCGCAUUAACAACAAGAGCAAAAUCUGCAGUUGAAAUUUUACGUGAUGCAUCCUUAAUGGCUUACUAUUCGUUUGAUUUACCAAAUCAAAAUACUGAUAAUGGUCCAAAUGGAUUAGAUGGAACAUUAAAUAAUAUAGUCACAGCUACUGGAUAUGUCAAUGAAGCAGUGCGUUUUCUUGGAUCAUCAUCAUCCUAUUUUCGAGCUUAUGGUUUUUAUCAGCUUCCUUAUGGCGUUACUAAUGGCAAACCAUUUUCAAUUGCCAUGUGGAUAAAUCCAUCAUCAGUCAAUAAUAUCGCAAUUAUUCAAAUGUUUUGGUCACGUGGUAGUUCAUCGAAUUGUGAAAUUUUGGUAGGUAUUUCGUCAUCUAAUGGAUUAACAGGACAGUUGUUUGUACAUAAUACUGCAUUAACCGGUUCAUUUGUAACACAAAAUACGUGGACACGCGUCUCAUUGACAUAUAGUUCAGGUAAUGGAUACACAUUGUAUAUUAAUGGAGUUCUUUUUGGUUCAACUGGCACGGCGUCAUACUCGUUGACCGGCCUUUUCGCAAAUCUUUGCAUAGGUUAUCCGCUUAAUUGCGGUUCAAGUUCUGUAAAUGGAUAUUAUCAGGGUUACAUUGAUGAACUGUAUAUUUACAAUCGAGAACUAUCACAAACAGACGUUACUAGUCUUGCCAAUCCGUGA